CCUUCCCCCGCGCCCGCUCCGCUCCGGGGCCCGGCCCCGCCACCGCCGCCACCGCCGCCGCCGCCCGCGCUCGGCCCGGCCGCAGCCCCCCGCCGCCGAGGGGCCGCUCCCGCCUCCUCCCCGCCUCUCCCCUCUCCGCCCGCUCCUCGGGGCAGCCGCUCCCGGCCGGGACAUGUCGGGCGGCGACUCCGCGGCGGCGGCGGCCGCGGCCUCCCCUCAGCCGCUGCCCUUCUCGCUGCCCAAGCCGCCCCCCCUCAUGCAGCUGACGCCGGGGGACGCCGUCCGGCCCGUGGCCGCCGCCGCCGCCGACCAAUCGCCGAAGGGCAGCCGGCUGGCGGGCCGCCCCGAUUGGCCGGCGGGCAAGCCAGUCAGCCUGCUGGCGCCGCUGCUCCCGCCCCGCGGCGAGCCCGAGCCCCUGAUGCCCUUCGGGCCCUCGUCGCGGCAGCCGCUGCGGGGGCGGCUCCUGGGCAGGUGCGGCGGGGGCAGCCUGCUGAGCCCCGCCAUGCGGCCCGGGGCUGUCGACCGCGGCUCGCUCAUGAUGGGACACCCAGGGAUGCCACAUUACCCGCCCAUGGGAAUGCACCCCAUGGGGCAGAGGCCACCGAAUAUGCCGCCGGUUCCGCAUGGUAUGAUGCCUCAGAUGAUGCCUCCCAUGGGAGGACCGCCGAUGGGGCAGAUGCCUGGAAUGAUGCAGUCGGUAAUGCCUGGAAUGAUGAUGUCUCACAUGUCCCAAGCUGCUAUGCAGCCUACAGUUCCGCCAGGGGUGAACAGCAUGGACGCGCAAGUAGGUGUAACGCCACCUGGAACUCAGACAACACAUCCCGUAGUUUGUGCAGCUCAGCAAACCGCCACAACCAACAGUUCUGUUAAUGAAGAGCACUCUAAACAGAAAUCUACAUGGACGGAACACAAAUCACCUGAUGGAAGAACAUACUACUAUAAUACUGAAACAAAGCAGUCUACCUGGGAGAAGCCAGAUGAUCUCAAAACACCAGCUGAGCAAUUGUUGUCGAAGUGUCCCUGGAAAGAGUACAAAUCUGACUCUGGAAAGCCAUACUACUAUAAUUCCCAAACAAAGGAAUCACGCUGGGCAAAACCCAAAGAACUUGAAGAUCUUGAAGCAAUGAUUAAAGCAGAAGAAAACAGCACCAAGCCUGAAGAGUCAACUGCAACGUCAUCUGCUACAGGAGAAGCAGCAAACACAACCACCACAGCCACCACUGCUGCCGAAACCGCAGCAGCUGUAACCACCACCACUACUGCAGCGACAGCAGCCUCUGAAGGAGAAACUGCUGCAGCGUCUGGGACGGAAAAUGAGAGUACUGCCGCAGCCACAGCAGAGGAACAGGGACAGCAAGCAACUUCUGCACCUGCUGCACAGGAACAGAGUGCGGAAACUGCAGCUAAUGCAGCGGAUGAUUCUUCCAAGCAGGAGGGUUCAGCAGAUGCUUCUUCAAAGAAAGAAGACGAUGAUGCACAGCCAGUUAAAAAAACCUACACGUGGAAUACAAAGGAAGAAGCAAAGCAAGCAUUUAAAGAACUCCUAAAAGAAAAGAGAGUACCGUCUAAUGCGUCUUGGGAGCAAGCUAUGAAAAUGAUCAUUAAUGAUCCUAGAUACAGUGCUUUGGCAAAGUUGAGUGAAAAAAAGCAAGCCUUUAAUGCUUACAAAGUUCAAACAGAAAAAGAAGAAAAAGAAGAAGCAAGAUCAAAAUACAAAGAAGCUAAAGAAUCCUUCCAGCGUUUUCUUGAAAACCAUGAAAAGAUGACAUCCACAACAAGAUACAAAAAAGCUGAACAAAUGUUUGGGGAGAUGGAAGUCUGGAAUGCAAUAUCUGAGCGUGAUCGUCUUGAAAUUUAUGAGGAUGUCUUGUUUUUUCUGUCUAAGAAAGAGAAGGAACAAGCCAAACAGUUGCGAAAGAGGAAUUGGGAAGCUUUAAAGAACAUACUAGAUAACAUGGCUAAUGUCACUUACUGCACUACUUGGUCAGAGGCUCAGCAGUAUCUGAUGGACAAUCCUACGUUCGCAGAAGACGAGGAACUUCAGAAUAUGGAUAAGGAAGAUGCGCUGAUCUGUUUUGAAGAGCAUAUCAGGGCACUGGAAAAAGAGGAGGAAGAAGAAAAACAGAAAAGCUUGCUUAGAGAAAGAAGGCGGCAGCGUAAAAAUAGAGAAUCUUUUCAGAUAUUUUUAGAUGAACUUCAUGAGCAUGGACAAUUACAUUCAAUGUCCUCUUGGAUGGAGUUGUACCCAACCAUAAGCUCUGACAUCAGAUUCACUAAUAUGCUUGGUCAACCUGGAUCGACAGCACUUGAUCUUUUCAAGUUCUAUGUUGAAGACUUAAAAGCACGUUACCAUGAUGAAAAGAAGAUAAUAAAAGAUAUCUUAAAGGAUAAAGGAUUUGUGGUUGAAGUGAACACUUCUUUUGAAGACUUUGUUACGGUCAUCAGUUCAACUAAAAGAGCUACAACUUUAGAUGCAGGAAAUAUCAAGCUGGCUUUCAAUAGUCUGCUAGAAAAGGCAGAAGCUCGUGAAAGAGAGAGGGAAAAAGAAGAAGCUCGUAAAAUGAAGCGCAAAGAGUCUGCCUUCAAGAGUAUGUUGAAACAAGCUACUCCUCCGAUUGAAUUGGAUGCUGUCUGGGAAGAUAUCAGAGAUAGAUUUGUGAAAGAACCAGCAUUUGAAGACAUCACUCUAGAGUCUGAAAGAAAAAGAAUAUUUAAAGAUUUCAUGCAUGUACUAGAGCAUGAAUGUCAGCACCAUCAUUCAAAGAACAAGAAACAUUCUAAAAAGUCUAAAAAACAUCACAGGAAGCGGUCUCGCUCUCGUUCGGGCUCAGAGUCUGAGGAUGAUGAUAGUCAUUCAAAGAAGAAAAGGCAACGGUCAGAAUCCAGAUCUGUUUCUGAGCGUUCUUCCAGUGCAGAAUCUGAGAGAAGUUACAAGAAGUCAAAAAAACACAAGAAAAAGAGCAAGAAGAGAAGACAUAAGUCUGAUUCACCAGAAUCAGAUAUUGAACGAGAAAAAGACAAAAAAGAAAGAGAGAGAGAAAGUGAAAAGGAUAGAGCUAGACAAAGAUCUGAAUCAAAACAUAAAUCUCCGACUAAAAAACGACCUGGAAAAGAUUCUGGUAACUGGGAUACUUCAGGCAGUGAACUGAGCGAAGGGGAGCUGGAAAAACAGAGGCGGACUCUUUUGGAACAACUGGAUGAAGAUCAAUGAGAACGUUAUUUAUACCAAAUAUGUUUACAUUGUGGCAUAAUAAAAGAAACCAAUGUCUGAUUCAGGA